AUGCUGCACCUGCGGAGGGGUCGGGAAAGGCGAUUCCCAGAGCCGCAGGUCCGGCAGGGCCGCCCUGCUGCUCCCUGUGCGGGGCUGCGUGAGAAAAACCGUGCGUGCCAAGUGUGCCACGCCGUGCCGUGCCGUGCCAUGCCCCUAACCCGCCCCGGGCCCCAGCUCCCCGUGAGUCACAGCGGGAUAAAUGUGAGUCACCUCGGGACUAAAAUAACCCCUGCAGCCCUCGGAGGAGCCCCGCUCCUCGCUCCGUGCCCCGGGGCUGCUGCGUUUGCCAGAAACGCCCGGCACCGCUGCGCUCCCGGGACAGCGCUCCUGUCGCAGCCUGUCCCCGAGGGCCCCGGGGGAGCACCACCCUCCUCCCGGCCCCGCGGCCGAUGUUCGCAGCCUGCUGGGCUCUCGCCGCAGGAAUGCGGAUGGAGUGACACGGAAAUCAGAGGCUGGAUCGAGUUCACCGGGGGUGUACGCAGGGAGAACCUGACUGAAGCCCUUCCACACGAAGAGAGAGCACGGGAGCAUCGCGCUGGGGCAAAAGUCUCCAACAAAAGUGAAAAAAACCCACCCCAGAAUGUGCUUCUGUCAAGCAUCCAGCAAGCCUGGCGUCAGAUCGCGCUGCAGAGUGGGAGGAGGGGUUGGAUGUUGGCGCGUAGCCUUGGAGACCGAAGCCGAGGAAUAUUGAAUGGAAACCCAAACACGGAGCUCCCGGGAGCUCCAGGCCUGGCGUGGAGAUCGGAUCUGCAGGAGCGGCUCUCGCUGGCCCCGGGGGCUCCCAGGGAUGGGCGACCCAGCGCGGCUCCCAGGUGUCACCUCCAGCUGGAGGAGCAGCCGGUUCCAUGGGACACAUCCCUGACAAGAGGAGUGGCUCCCACAAGUUGGUCAUUCCCCCUCUUCCCUCUGCUCCGAGGGUCUCAACCCCACCACCUCUCCACUGGAGCCACCCGAGUGACCAACACAACCAGUUCAAGCCAUCAUGUGCAAGGUUGGAGUUCUUCCCCUGUGCUGAACAAGGGCUUAUAAACCAAAAAUUUGCCUGUUUUUUUUUUUUUUUAGCUUUAUUAGUCCAUUAAAAAAAAAAAAAAAAAAAAAGGAAAGUUCCCUCCAAACCUUGUCCUUGACUAUUUCAGACCAUUUUAGCUGUAGGAGUAUUUUGUCUCUUUGCCAACCUGGCCAUAAACACGGAGCGAAUGCUGCUGAUUUAACUCCCUCAAAGUCUCUGGGAUUUUUCUGCCUCGUUUGGUUUGAUCCAGACACAAUCACACAGGAACGAUUCGCUGGAUCAGAGAACUCUUGAUAUCGCCCCGAUUCCAGCUGUUUUCAGCGCCAGUCACCUCCUCAGCGAGGCGCUUCUGCAGCCGGAGGUGUGAGAUGAAAAUGGGGAAGGGCCGGGCUGGGAGCGGAGCCCCGAGCCUGGAAAGGGGAGCCGCGGAUUGCUCCGGCUCCGGCCGAGCCUCGCAGGGCAGCUCGGGCUCCUGGAGCCCUUCCAGGGGUGGAAAUGCCCUCGGGAGAGAGCCCUGGGUCCGAGGGUGCCUGCACUCUCAGAGCAGAGCAGGCUGAGAUCGGGCUGCUCUGUGCCUUGGGAAGGAGCACCGCGCAUCGGGUUUCGUGUCUGCUUGUUUGUUUAGCGCGUAUUUGAUCCAUAUCCGUCUUUGUUUUUAACUGAGCUCGGGCUGUGGGCUCUGCUGAAGAGCCUGGAAGUGCUCUCCCAGCUAGGCAGGUUUGAGAGAAAUAGACAGAGAUGUUCUGGGCAUUUCCAAAAGGACAUUCCUUUCCCCAGAAAGAAGGAAAGGAAACAGCAAGGAAGGAAAAGUGUAGCACAGCUCAGCUCUUUCUGUAACAUCUCCAAGCUGCUCAGUUCCCUAUCUGACAGCAAAAAUAAUACCAAUCCUUUCUUAAGUUAGUGGGAUUUAUUUAGGAAAUAAAUAAAAUCAUAAGAAAAUA